UCUCUUAUCAUAAACCGCAAGCAGUUUGCUCUUCGUGACUAUUCACAAUAUAUUACUAUUAUGGAUCCUGACUCAUCUAUUAUUACUGAUCCCGACGUAUCUAUUGUCAUAGAUUCUGAAAAUACUGAUUAUUAUGAUUAUAAUGAAAAUGAAAUGUAUGAUGCGUUGACCUCUUCAGA